AUGAAAGAGUGUAGUAGAUGCUACGUGAGGUGGAGGAAAGAGGAGCAGCAGCAGGUACUGCAGACACGGGAGUCCAGAAACUACCGGAAGCAGCUGUGCCAGGGGAGGGGGCACAUUCUGUGCAGCCAUGUGAGGCAGAAGCAGGAGGUGAACAGUGGCAUGAAUGACACGAGGGCUCCAAUCCACUACUGCACCUGCUCACUGAUGGAGUUUCGCAGGGAAAGAGCAUAUGCCUGGCCCUGGAUGUUUUUAAUCAGGGCUGAGCGGGCCAAAGAAAUAAGCUUCUGGGCUGGGAUCCCUUACCAGAAUGGGAGGUGUGUAGACUAA